UAGCGUGAACCCCUAGGGAGUUAGGUCGAUCCAGAUAGAUCGAUCUUAAUCUGUGGGAACCCAGUCUUAUCCUUCAUUCCCUGCUCAUUUGACUAGUUGACAUCUCCGUUUCUGAUAGUAUGCGGUUGUUAUCGGUUUUUUGUCCUAUGAUCGUUACUUCUCUAUCUGACAUUUUAAGUCAAAUGUCCCUUUUUCUUUUCAGUCCUCCGCCUCUAUGACGAUAGUAUUGACUUUUGAUUUUGUUGUUACAGAGGGUAUAAAACACGACACCUUUACAUUCUUUCGGUCUAUUUAUUUACUACCAGGCCUCUUAAACGAUAAUUGCCGUUUUCUAACAUGAGCCUUAGAUUUUGAAGCACAAAUGCACAAAUUAACGACUCCAGCCACGAUUUAACUACCCCAACGUAAAAUUACUAGCCACAAGCUUAGCGUUUCAUUACAAUUAUAAUAAUGUUUGACAAAAUGUUAUAUUAUUAUUCAUUACAAUAUUUGACUUUUCCUUAUUCCCACUGCUAGGCUAAAGGUUGCAAAUUCAAUCGAGGUAUGCUGAUGAACAUCGGGUUUCUAGAAGCGAUGAAACGCGGGAAUUUUUCCUGCAUUGUAUUUCACGACGUGGACCUUCUUCCCGAGAUGGACGAUAAUCUGUAUAGCUGCUCCGUCACACCCAAACACAUGUCCGUGAAUAUAGAUAAAUUUGACUACAGAAUACCGUACGACAGCCUGUUUGGAGGUGUUGUGGCAUUUAGCAAGGAUCACUUCAAAUUCAUAAACGGUUUUCCAAACAGGUAUUUUGGUUGGGGCGGAGAAGAUGAUGAUAUCAAACGACGGGUGGACAACCGUGGCUUAACAGUGAUCCGGCCACCCGACAGUGUAGCAAGGUACUCCAUGCUGAAACACGGUGCAGAAGCCGGCAACAAAGCGAACCCAAUAAGGCAUUUUGAAUUGAAACGUGCAUUGGAGGUCCAAAAGGUAGAUGGUCUCAGCUCAAUGGUAUUCAAUCCCAAUAUGUACAAAGUACUGGAUACAAAACUCAUGGAUCUAUACACAAAAAUAACCGUCGAGAUUCACAAAAUUGAAGUAUUAAAGGUACUUCCAACUUUGUUCCCGAUUAGGCCACGUCACUCUUGGAUUUCUUCAAAAUUUAGAAAAUUUAUAGCAAAGGAGAAAACUUAGCAUUUAAUCUGACCACCUUAAAAAUCUAAAUCAAACUAAAAAGGUCACCCUUAGCAGAUCCGUAGAAAGGAAGACUUAAGAAAGCAGACAUGAUGCUUUUCCCAGGCGCUCGUAUAAAUUUCCCGUCUCAUAUAUACAUGUAUAUAUUGCUCACAAGAAACAUUUGAAAACUUGCGGUAUUUGGAAGACAAAACAGUAGGCCUACAAUAUAGACACGGGAGUGCAGAGUAUUGGUUCUCCAGGAAAUUGAUCAGCAUACCACGACCAGCAGACCACCAGCAAUGUGCCAAAAAAAGAAAUACAGCGCAAGACUAAACCCUAGAACACAUUAGCCACGAACGCCGUACUAUAAAAUCGUAUACGAUUUUUUCUUGAGAUUUUAAUGACAUCGUAAGUGGCUACGGCGAUUUGUAAGCGUAUGGUCAGGAUGGUCAGAAUGAGGAAACGCACAACCAAUAUUGAAAACCGGUUGCAGGGUAGUAGCGAUCGAUCGGCCACUGAUAAUCACAAGUUCGCACAGAUGAUGUAUGUUGCAAAAUUAUGACAGUAGCAGGCUCCACAUCAAUUCCAGUCUAAGAAGACAAUAAAAGCGUUGUAGACAACUUUCAGUGAAAUGGUACCUUCACAAAGAGCAGGAAACGUGUUGGCUGCUGCAAUAUUUCAAAGUUGGGUCUGUACUUAAUCACGCAUUCUGCUCAUUUUACAAUAUAUAUCAAAUUCGAUUUGUAACAAGCACUGUGAUAAUAACAAUUAUAAAUUUGGAUAUGUUUUGGUACUUGUUAAUCUUCCAGUAUCCCUUGACAUUGUUUUGCUUCAAUACUUGGUCUCUUUGAGUUUGCAAGGCCUGUGCAUUUACGGUCACACUGAACAAAAACAUCUUUGCUACUUGCAACUGCCACCGGUUGCACAAAGUGGUUGGCGAGCUGUUGCUUCAACUCGCAAAAUGGUUUCCUAACGAACGCUUAGUAAGUGUCUAGUUUCGGUGCAUUAACGAAAACCUACGGGCGACCGAAAAAACACAUUUGUAACAUCGAACCGGUUGCUGACAGGACGCCGAUUGAUUUGCAACUGCUAUGCAACUGAAUAUGCGGUUUUCCCUCUGAGCGCAUUCAGAACAGAUGAUCCGAGGACUAGCUCAUCCACACACUAAGCAAGCCGCUUAAUCCACUGAUGAUCUCCCCGCAUCCACACGCGCCAUUAAACGGAUUAAAUCUCGGCUUCGUAUGCAGGGGCGGCACGUGUGGAGACGGGGGGACCAUCAUGAGAUUAAUCAGCAAUGCUUUUGAGGCCCCAUUCAGAAUAGGAGACUAAAAAGUCCGAGGGUCAAAUAUGGCCGACCCACUUGAAUACUUCC